ACUCUAUCUAAAUUCAAAGUAUAUCAGACAUAAGCACAACAUGAAACGCUUACGUCAGCAACUUAAUGUCGGUACCUCGUACGAUCGUUUAGAUUUUAAACCGUUUGGAUUUUGCUGCGAUAUCAAGAAGUAUGGUCCAAAAUCUCUACCGUUAAAACACGCGUCUGCGCCACCUUUUCCACUCAGUGGUCCAACGGGAGAAGGACCUGAUGUCAAGAUUCGCAUUCAAGAAGAAGACGACGUCCUACCCUCGACCAAAAGAGGUACCCAAAGGAGAAGAAGUGUGCUUAGACUCGGUAUGCGAAGUGGAAUACGAGUUGGCCAAAGAGGUGGAUUACGAGGUAAUCAAUCUCGUGGAGUAAUAGGACCUAUGCGAUUCGGUCAUCGCAGAGGUAAAAUCGUUAAACCCACGGGCGAGCAAAUGAAAUGCAAACGAUGCAGAGGUCCUCUUCGGUACUAUUUGGAAGAGGAGAUAGAAGUCGCUCUCGACAUCAUAAAGAAAGAUAAACAGCAAAAAUAUAAUGCUGAGAUGGAGAAGAAUAUUAAAAUUGCUAAAAAAAGGGCAAGAAGACGACAUCAAAAAUUAAAGAAGAUGAAAAGUAUCGUUAAAGUAGACACAACCGAUGAGGAAAAAGAAAUGGCGGAAAAAGAUCUACAUGGAGAUGAUUCGAAACCUCAUUAACAUAAAGAGAACCGACAAUGAGUACAAAAAAGAAGAAGUUUAUACAUAACAGAAAUGUCUCACAUUUAAAGGGAUGUGUCAUUUUCUACGUAGAAUGAUAAACGUUCUUAGAUUUAUACUAGAAAAUAUAUUUUAUUGUUAUAAUAGAAAUGUUUACACAAUAAUCUCAUGUUUAUUAGACUGUGAAUGUAUGUAUAAUGUAUAUAUAAAUUGAAAUCACAAAUAUGGUUAUAAUCAUACGAAAUAAAAGAUAAAUGAAACUAGUAUUUAUAGUAGUGUUUCUUUACAACUUUUAACAUCUUAUUACGCAUAAUUAAUUAUUUAAUUGAACAGAUAUGUUACCAAUUUUAAUUUCGAUUUUAUUGAGUACAUUUAAAUUUUUUCUUUUUACCGAUAAGUCUCUUUUUAGUACUUCAUCUGUUCUAACUACGCAUGUAUUUGUUUAUUAUUAACGUCAUUCACAAAUAUUACGUACUAUUUUUAUGGGAUCAUAAUUUAUA